UGUGACUGUCAGUCAUAAGUAUCUGAAUUGCCAUAUAAUAUAUAAAUGAUGUGUGUGCGUAAAAGUGUGGUGUAUUGAAUCAGUUUCUCAAAAAUAGGAGAUGAAUAAAUUUCACGUAGUGCAAUUUGAAGAUGGGCUGCAAGUAGUGCCUGGAAUUUGGCUGCAAGAAGGAGAAUUAUGCUAUUGGCCAGAUACUGAAUCUCAGACAAAACUGAUGAAGGCCAUUUGCAAUGCAGAACCACCAUCACCUGAAUGGUUAUCUCUAAACAUUCUGAGAAUAUUUGGAGAAUCAGAUACCUACGAGAAUGCAGUUCACAAAUUAAAAUUGUGUGAACGGUUUUCUGAUGUUGAAAGUGGACCAGACAGCUUGAAUAAAAGGAAAAAAAGGCAAAUGAGAGCAAAAAGAGUUCCAGAGACAGAAGACUCUGAAACAGAAUUGGAGGAAGAAACUAGUCAGUCACUGCUGCCACCGUUGCCCAAAUGCCCGAACUCAUUCAGACCACAAUGUGCAUCAACACAAAAAGAGUGGAUGAGCACUAAGUUUAGAAGUAAUGAGCCUACUAUGAAACAAACUUCUGGGGUAAAUAAUUCUGUUGGUAGCGCUUCGCCCAUGGAGGUCACUGUACAGCGUAAAGAAGCUGGAGUGUCAACAGAAUUUGAGAAGUUGGUACUCAAAAAGCUGAACAUAAUAACAUAUAAACUUGAGUCAUUGGAAGAAAAACUUAGAAAUCUGGAAAGCGCUAAACUGACUACAGUUUGUGAACAACCAUCAGAGCGGAUUCCAAGCAAUAUGUUUCCGCUAGCAUCAUUGACAGCUGUAGAAGAACUUGAGUUGCUGCUGCAAAACCCUUCUUAUUUUGAUUCAGUGGUAUUCUACUUGAAAACUCUAGGUGGAGUAAAUAUCACAGAUGUAACAUUUUCAGUAAUGAAAAAGAUUUUAUCUAAUGAAGUCGCUAUGGAAUACAGCUAUUUCGGUUUCAAAGGGAAGAAAACAUUUAAAAACCUAAAAUUAUCUGAAGUGGUUAUAAGUGUUGUACGCUGUCAUGUUCGUGAUGCUACUGAGAAAGCAGUAGGCGACAGAGUCGCUGCAUGGCUGAAGCAUGCAAGGACAAGAUUGUCAAGGAGCAUUCAGAAAUCACGUUUACAUGAUACGUCUGCAGCCUGCAGCAAGUGAUAGCAAGCUUGCUUGAAAAUGUAAAUACGUAUGAAAAAGGGAUGAAUGUAAAUAUGUGACAGUAUAAAAAAACAAUAAAUUGGAACCUUACAACUUAA